CUGCACAAUCUGCAGCGUAGCGGCAGCACUCGAAGGCAGACAAGUGCGACGAUGCGGACUGUGGUAGGGUUGUGGAUGUUCCCGGGGCUCCUCUCCUGGCUCGUCAGCCCAGGUGUCUGCCCCCAGCCUCAGGUCCAGCGGUCGGUGCUGGUGGCACCUCCUCCCGCCGGCGUGAAGCAGUCGACGGAUGGCACGGCCGUGUGCCACUUCCCGUUCGUCUACCGGAACGAGUCGCACCUCGAGUGUCUGCAGGACACGCUGGGCCUCCAGUGGUGCGGCAUCACGGCCGACGUGGACUCUGACAGGAGGUGGCGCUACUGCGCGCGGGCGCCGAUCGCCGUGGCUGGAGAUGAUUACAAUUCUCAAGGCAACAAUGACGACUACGACGAUGAUGAAGAGGACGAUUCGAACGUGCUGAAUGUGUUGGAUCACUCCAGUAAAGACCGCCCCUGCAAGGGGAUGACGUGUCUGUUUGGAGGGGUCUGCAAAGUGGAAGUGGGGCGCCCUGGGCGGAACGGAACGGGCGCGGAACCGGUCUGCAUGUGCCGCCCACCCUUCCAUGGGAAAAACUGCCACAUGGUGAGGAACCCGUGCCGGCGAGGGACGUGCCACUUCAGAGGGGCCUGCCUGCUCCGCUUGGACGACCCGGCACGGCCCAAGUGCCGGUGCCAGCUGGGUUUCUGGGGCUCGCACUGCGGGAAGAGCGAGUCCGUCACCCCCUCCAACUCCACCUCCACCGUCCCCCCACUUGGGUCGCCCGCGUGGGUCGCCAACGUGAGCGACCCCUUCCCUGGCUCCGCAGUCCAGAGAAACCCGUGCGUGCAGCCCAACCCUUGCCUCAACGGCGGCGCCUGCUUCGUGGUGCGGGACAAGUGGCAACGCAGUGCCGUCACGUGCACCUGCCCUAGCAAGUUCCACGGCUUCCACUGCAACUUACUGAAGGGCGACUGUUACCAAGGGAAGGGCUCCAACUAUCGUGGCACCAUGAGCGUCACGGAGGGCAGGAGGCGGUGCCUUCACUGGAACUCCCCGCUGGUUCUACGGCAGCAACACAGCGCGUUCAGCGCCCAGGCACGGGACUCUGGGAUCGGAGACCACAACUACUGCCGGAACCCCGAUGGCAACACCAGGCCCUGGUGCUACUUUAUAAACAGGGACAGUCGCAAGGUCGACAGGGCUCACUGCAAGCUGCAGCAGUGCCAAGGGCAGAAGCAGCAGGGGUCUCUUGGCGACGGCGCGGCCGCCACGUGCGGGCGCACGUGGCUGGGGACGCUGCAGGCGCGCGUGGUGAAGGGCCGCGACGCCGGCCUGGGCACCCGGCCCUGGCAGGCCUCGGUGCAGCUGCGUGGCGAGGGGGCGCCGGUGCACCGGUGCGGCGGGGUGCUGGUGCACCCCUGCUGGGUGCUCACCGCCGCCCACUGCUUCUCUCCCAGGAAGCCUGCGGGCAGCUACUUGGUUCGUCUGGGCAAGAGGAAGCUCCACACUCACGAGAGCGGCGAGCAGGACUUCAACGUCUCCAAGGUCAUCGUGCAUCCCAACUACUCCGAGAGGACUCACGACGCCGACAUAGCGCUACUGCGUCUGUGGGGGCACGCGGGCGAGUGUGCCCAUCGCACGACCGUGGAGGUGGUGCCGGUCUGCCUGCCCGAGGCCGCCGAGCCGGCGCGGCCCGGGACGCUGUGCCACAUCUCCGGCUGGGGCACCGUGGGAUACCACGGGGCCACGACGCCGGUGCUGCAGGAGGCCGAGGUGCCAGUCGUCGCCAUGGACGCCUGCAACAGCAGCCUGGGCUACAAUGGGCAGCUCACGGCCGGCAUGCUGUGUGCCGGCAACUGGGAGCAAGGGGGACCUGAUGCCUGCAAGGGAGACUCGGGGGGCCCGCUGACGUGCGCCGUGCAGGCCGCGGGAGGCGAGGAGUCGAGCGUGCUGCACGGCAUCGUGUCGCACGGCCGGGGCUGCGGGGAGAAGUACCGGCCCGGCGUGUACACGCGCGUGUCCGCCUUCGUCACGUGGAUCCACAGCAGCAUGGCCGACAACGGCACGGCCGCCACGGGGAGCGCCGCCGGCGGUGCCGCCGGCUCGGCGCAACUCGCGCCGCGUUCAUCUCCGUGACGACCGAGCACGGGGACGAAAGGCGACUUCUGAGCGAGCGGCCGGGUUCCCGGGGCCAGUGUCACGAGAUUCAUAAUUGAGUUUCGAGUCGGGCCACUUCGUAAAACGGUCCGGCCAAAUCUGUGUCGUAAGACCCUCCACCACCCGACACGGCCAAACUAAUGAUAAUGCUCACGUGGUGACGCGAGCGCUUCACGACACGCUGAGUCACGCGCCACAGCUCGCCCAAAAUAUCUCCGCCCAGGAUGAUCUUCGGAUGCUUUAGUGGAAAAUCCUAAAAGUACCAGUCGCACCUUCAACUUUUUGCUGUGUUGACCUGGAUGGAGGGUUUAUGUGUGUGGGGUGUGCGGUGCGUGCGUGUCACCACAGUGAAACGGCACCAACAGUCAUAAUUCAGACACACCGCUAAUACGUCCAUAUGGUCCAAUAGCGCCAAUACAAAACGUACUAAAUCAUUCUCAGCGACUUUAACUCUCACUAAAUCACAGCGUCCCCAGGCGGGAGAGACGCUGGGUCUGCGGAGAAUAUUUUUACCAGAGAGGAUUUUUAGCGGCGAGUUUUACAGGGUGCCUCUGGUGCUCCCCAUCACUACGGACGUUGAGGAUUUGCUACGGAGAGACUUUCACAUCAAGAAACCACGCGCGAUGAUUUCCAC